GUCUUUCCAGGCUGGAGGGUGCGACGAGCAUGCCGCUGUCCAAACAUACCACGUCCAAGCGACGGCGAACCCCCUUCAUUACCCCUGAGGUGAACUCAUCAACCGCUGGAGUCUCCUCCGCCUCAAAUGGCAAACAAACAGGCCGCAAAGUAUCUCUCGCUGUUUCCCUCCAAAGUUUUGCAAAUCGCACUUUCCAGUCCCUGCCACGCCGGGUAAACACAGGGAGCGACAACGCCGACGCGACUGCGGCCCCGAAGCUGCGCCAUUCCUCCGCGAAGCUUCUGAUCUCAAGGCCGGUAUCAAAGCUGCCAAUCCCGCAGUCACGGCCGUCGACAUCGAGCUCCAUUGUUCGAAUCCCACCUUCGGGAUCAAAUGUUCCUCCAGUACCACCCCUGCCUGCGCGUGGAUCAGAGUCGAGAAUACCAACGUCCAGUCGAAUACCAGCGCCGACCGCGCGACAACUUGAAUUGGAACCCCGGGCUGCUAAUUCUGAUUCUAAAGCCGACACGUGUGCCAACUCAAGAACGAGCGGAUAUAACCACUUCUCACCUCAGCCAAAGCCAUUUGUCGCGUAUGAAGACGUGAAGGCCUUAACACGGAACAAAGCCAGUCCAAAGGAUAAACAACAAGGGCUCGAAACGUUGAAGGUGAAGGAUUCCAAGUCAGAAAGAGACACAAUAACCGGCAAACCUGCCAACUCGACGCCCUUCCGGAAGCGGAUGAUAUCCUUUAGUCAUAGGAGGAUAUCAGCAACAGCAUCAGGUAAAUCGAUACGGGCAAGUGACAUGGGAAUUCCAAAAUCAACGUCGAUGACAGCCAUCACUUCUUCACGUCGGGCAUCGGAAAUACCGCCAGUUUGUUCUUUUCAUUCCCUUCAUGCACCGCCAAGCAGCCAAGUUAAAUCGCCCAGUACAUGCGGUUUGAAUAUCGGAGCCAACCCUGGACAGACUCCAGAUCGCGCAACAAGCCAUACACAUCGAACACUUAGCAACGCAUCAGGGGCAACUUCCCUCACCUGCAGCCCCAGGGAGAGGGACCUGCCGCUACCACCGAUCCCUUCGUUACCCAAGAGCUAUUCUGUCGGGAACGUAAGGAUUGAUGGCCAAACUGAAAAGACGCCGCUUCCAGUCUCAUAUCAAACACCGGCCUCUCCCAGAACCCCAGAGGAUACGCGCGCGCACAUGAGUUCGAUGUCAACUCUAGGUCAUACGCAUGACGCACCCAAGCCCAAGGAUAGUAAACGAAGCAGUCGCCCUAGCGAUGCAGUUCUAAACUGCUAUGUGACGGCCAAGUACUCAACUGUGUCGGCACACAUUACCGAACCACUAUUAGACCUGACUCCGCCGCGUCCGACGCAUUCGCCCGCCCAUGUGUGCCUAAGAUCUGCAUCUCCUAGGACACUUCCAGUUAAAGCAUGCAAAAGGACCGAAGAAAAUGUCAAUCUGGUACGUGCUUCUGCGCAUGAUAUAACUCCAUCCAAAAAAAUAUUGAAACUGACAGUCAAGUUCUAUCAGGUCACGCGCGCCAAGCCGCAACAGUAUUGGCUUGGUCGGCUCUCAACCCUUGUGAAUGGCCUCCAGUACGAAGAUGCAUUCAACGAACCAGAUCCAUACAUUACCUACCGCGCGCCGUCUAGAACCAAAAUUCUCAAGACUUGUGGGAUAGAGAGUGCUGAAGAAUUCAACAUAAAGAGAGCCUUCGCAGCGCUGGAGCGGGCGUGCAUGACUGAUGAAGCAACAAAAAGUCUCAACGAAUUUAAGGAAGAGUAUGAGCGCAAAUACACGAAGUCGGGGACUCCAAAGCCGGAUAAAGGUUCCAGGACCGGUAUGAGAGGGAGGCAGACGGCGAUUCGCAUGAAAAUGAAUACGGAGGAAAAGGACUAG